AUGCCUCCAAAUUCUAAGAGUAAGAGAAGAAAGAACAAGUCUAAACAACAUAACAAGAAGAAUGGAAACCUGUAUCCUGAACAUCAUAUAAAUCCGACACACUUAGUACCUCGAAUGGAACCAGAGCUGUAUCACACGGAAUCAGAUUACCCAACCUCAAGAGUUAUAAAAAGAGCACCCAAUGGCGACGUCAUCGUAGAGCCAAUAAAUACGCAUGAUGAAAAGAAAGAACUUACGACAAACUUGAGUGAUAACAAAGAUGAUAUGGACUCAGCUUCCUCCUUAGCCUUUACUCUAGACUCUCACUGGGAAUCACUGUCACCGGAAGAGAAGAAAACUAUUUUACGAAUUGAAAAGGAAGAAGUGUUUAAUGUUAUAAGAAAUUAUCAAGACGACCAUAGCUGCAGUUGUUCCGUUUGUGGGCGCCGUCAUCUAGCGAUGGAUCAAGAAAUGGAACGUAUAUAUAAUACUCUUUACGCCAUGGAUAAGGAUAAAGACCCUGAAACCAAUCCUGUGAAGUUUCACUUAGGCAUAAUAAAGGAGCUACAAAUUUCCAAAAAUCAACAACAGAGUGACUUACAUUCCACAAAGGACGGCUCUGCGAAAAACUUUCUCACGUCAAGCACAGUUGGUUCUCUGAAAGAAGAAGUGCUGCACUUUAAACAAAAGCAACUGUCAAAACAAGAACCAAUAAAUAAUGAAGUAGCUGAUAACACUUCCCUACUUGAAGAGAAUUUGAACAAUAUACGCAUCAACGAAGCUCCGAAUACUAUUUCUACAAGUUUUGAUCCUGUGAACGAUGAAGAAUUAAAGCAGAAAUACUCCAACUUCACAAAAACGUUCAUCUCAUCACAUCCCAAAAUAGCGCAGGAGUACGUGCAAAAAAUGAUGAUGUAUCCAAAUAUUAGAGCAUUGACAGAUGAUUUGAUGAAAAAUAACGGACAAGGCUUUCUCAGCGCAAUUGAAGACUUUGUAAAGGAUGAUCAGAUACCAACAUCAAGAAAACAUGAUAAUACGGCUGAGGAUAAAUCAUCCUACGCCGAUUUAACUGAUCCGAAAGAAUUUACGACAAUGCUACACAGUGGAAAACCAUUAACAGAUGACGAAUAUGCUGACCUUCAGCGCAAUAUUGCCGAAAGGAUGACAAAUGCAUAUGACACUACAAGCAAGCAAUUUAAAGAUGUAUCACAAUUGGAGAAGGAACUUUUUACACGAUUUAUGUCAGGAAAGGACAAAAAAUCCUUCAGAGAAUUAAUAGUUCAAUCUUUCAGGAGUAAAUUCGAUGGAGAACUAGGACCAUCUGUCCUAGCAGCCACUUUAAGUUCAUGCUUUUCAUCUCAGUCAAAAGAUAAUUCACUGGAUACCGACUCCAUAUACGAAGAAGAAGAAGAUUAUGAUUAUUCAGAAUAUGCUGAAGAUAGUGAAGAGCUUUCUGAGUCCGAAGAAAUAGAGGAAGAUAAAAAUAAUCCCCAACAUCACGAAAAAAAUAACUCAUUGCUUUUGAGUCAUAAUCACGAAUGUAAACGACAGGACUAUUCUCAUAACCACUACCAUAGUGCUAGUACACACAGCGAGGAUGAAUUGAGUGAGGAAGAGUAUCUCUCCGAUAUCGGCUUAGCUCAUGAUUCUCAUGACCAUUAUCAUCACGACGGUGAAAUCCUGGAUGAAGACGAAGACGACUUGGAGGAAGGGGAUGAAAAUGAAGGUGACGAAGAAGAUACAUAUGACAGCGGUCUUGAUGAAACCGAUCGUUUAGAAGAAGGUCGAAAGCUGAUCCAAAUAGCCAUUACUAAGUUACUUCAAAGCAGAAUAAUGGCUUCAUACCAUGAAAAACAAGCAGAUAACAAUAGACUGAAGCUCCUGCAAGAACUGGAGGAAGAAAAACGAAAGAAGAGGGAAAAGGAAGAAAAGAAGCAGAAAAAAAAGGAAAAAGAGAAAGAAAAGAAGAGAUUACAGCAGUUAGCAAAAGAGGAAGAAAAACGGAAAAAAGAAGAAGAAAAAGAGAGGCUAAGAAAAGAAUUGGAGGAGCGUGAAAUGAAAAGACGAGAGGCUCAAAGGAAGAAAGUUGAAGAAGCCAAACGGAAGAAAGACGAGGAAAGAAAACGUAGGCUGGAAGAGCAGCAGCGGAGAGAGGAAAUACAAGAAAAACAGCGCAAACAGAAAGAGGAACAGAAACGCAAGAGGGAAGAGGAAAAAAAACGUAUUAGAGAGCAAAAACGGCUAGAACAAGAAAAACUGCAAAAAGAAAAGGAAGAGGAGGAAAAGCAAAAAUUAAUCGCUGAGAAUGCCCUAAGAGAGCAAAGGUUAUGUGAAGAACAACUAUCUGCAAAAGUUCUUUCAACAAAACUUUUUACUGAGAAUGGAGUUUCAAAUACCACUACGUCCCAAGCAAAUCCUACUAUGACUAGAUACCAGGAAGACGGUAACCGCAGUAUCAAUGAUGAAAUACUCAAAAUGGUUAGUAGCGUAGCGGCAUCUAAACCAGUAUCCCCAACAGCUUUUAACAUCCACGAUCUACUUCUUCCUUCGAAUGACACGCAGAUGAACUCCAUAGAACAAUCACAAUUAUCUCGGUCAGGUAACAAAAACAGACACUUUGGGGGUGCCGCCAUACCGAAUUCUUUAGAUUUGUCGACAAAAUCUUCAUCACAAACUGAAAAUAACUAUUUGAUGAACUCGCAGACUUCAGAGAAUACUAAUCCAUUAAUUUCUAACGGCUCGUCAUCGACCAAACUACUGCAAAAUGACUUUGGAUUAUCGUCUUGGGGCGGCUUAACAGACGCAUUGUCCACAAACCCCACAUGUGAACCGCCCAUUAUUCAGACAACAGAAAUGAGAUCACAAGCCCAACAGCCUAGUUCUCAACCAAGUAUACCAACCUUUGGACUACCUAAUGAUGGAGCCCAUCGUAAGUCAUUCACCGAGGAGUUAGAUACUUUAACCAGCAUGCUGUCUUCUGCGGGGUUUGCGGAUACAUCACUCUCAUCAUCAGGAUUUCCCCAAUCACAACGUUCUGUAUGGAAUGAUCAAAAGAGUUCAUUUUCGGGGCCAACAACAGCGGGAAACUUCAACCAUGGCAGCAUACAAAGUACAAUGUUGUUACCACCUACGAUGACAAACGUUGAAUCGUUUCCACACCGAACUUCUAUUUGGGAUAACAGCACCACUUCCAUGAUAAGCAAAUCUGACCUGGCUGGUCGCAAUAUAACAAGUGCUACGCAAGAUAGCCCCGUGUUUAUGACAUCAAACAUCUGGUCUAGCAAUAAUCAUUAUGGUUCACCGUAUUUAGCUAGUAAUGCUCUGCAACCCUCCGGAGUUCCAAGCGGUAUGGAUGAGAGCCACAUUUUGGAUAGUAUCUACAAUGUUUACUUGACUAUCUCUCCCCAAGAUAGCCUAAACCAGUAUGUUGCUGUUGGAACACUAUUUCAAAACUUACUAGGGUUUAACCUGGAUUACCCAACGUUCAUCAACAAACUGAUAAGCAUGCAAGCUGCCUAUAACGGUGAAUUUUUUACUGAUACCAAUGGAACUAUUACCCACGUGCGAUUUGUUAGGCAAGGUCCCACAGGCCAUUCUAAAAGGCUGCUUAGCCAACUUUUCAAUGACAUAGACGAUCAAACCACUACUACGCCUUUCACAUCAAGACCUCAUACUUCCGCCACUUUUCCAAUUGCUUCUUCAACUACGCAAACGAAUUAA